AUGUCGAUGAGCCCUAAGCAUACGACUCCUUUUUCUGUUUCCGAUAUCUUGAGUCCCCUUGAGGAGAGCUAUAAGAAAUUAAGUAUGGAGAAUAACAACUUGGGGGCACCUCUCACUUCCUACCGGCAGCCGCAGGUUUCUCAGGCGGCGAUGCAGCAGCACCACAUGGGCCACAAUGGGACCGUGUCCGCGGCUUACCACAUGACUGCGGCAGGUGUUUCCCAGCUGUCACACACGCCCAUGGGGGGCUACUGCAACGGCAACCUGGGCAACAUGGGCGACCUGCCGUCCUACCAGGACGGCAUGAGGGGCAGCGCCACGGCCACCGGCUGGUACGGCGCCAACCCAGACCCGCGCUUCUCCACUAUUUCUCGCUUCAUGGGCUCGUCGUCGGGCAUGAACAUGGGCAGUAUGGGCAGCCUCAGCUCCCUGGCAGACGUGGGUAAAGGCAUGGGCUCUCUGUCCAGUACCCCGCGGAGGAAGAGGCGAGUGCUGUUCUCCCAGGCGCAGGUCUACGAGCUGGAGAGGCGCUUUAAGCAGCAGAAAUACCUGUCGGCACCGGAGAGGGAGCACCUGGCAAGUAUGAUCCACCUCACCCCGACCCAGGUGAAAAUCUGGUUCCAGAAUCACCGGUAUAAGAUGAAGAGGCAGGCCAAGGACAAAGUUUCCCAGCAGCAGAUGCAGCAGGAGAGCGGCUCCUGCCAGCAGCAGCAGCAGCAGCAGUCCCCGCGGAGGGUGGCCGUGCCGGUGCUGGUGAAGGACGGGAAGCCGUGCCAAGGCACCGGCCACACACCCACAUCCUCCGCGCAGACGCACCAUCAGCAAGCGGGCAAUGUCAUGAUCAUGUCCAGCAACACGUCCGGCCUCGGGCAGCACCAGAGCCAGCAGGUGGGAAGCACAGGGCACUCUCCAGAUUUGGCGCCGCACUCCUCCAGUCCGCCGUCGCUGCAGGGCCAGGUGGCCGGCCUCUCCCACCUCAACUCCCCGGGCUCAGAGUACGGCACGGCCCUGCAGUGUUCAGCCCUGUUAUACGGCAGGACGUGGUGACAAGAGGCGCCGGCUUUGAUUUAAACCUUCCUCUAUUUAAAGAAAAAAGACAUUUUUUCCCCCCCCGACCCUGUUAAGACUUCGACAAGUUUCACUGUAAAUGUGCGCAUGUGAACAAGAGCCGAGUGAAAUCGGCGCAGCCCUUCUCGAAUUCUCACCUCUGGGAAGGAAAUCGGACUCACGUGGAAGAAACACUUGUCCAGAAACUGCGGAUGUGAAAUUCUUGGGAUUUAUUUAUGUAAAUUAUAUUGAGACAAAAGAAGAAUCAGCAGUCAAAUAGGCCGCAUUAGUUGGGGGAAAGGCGAAGCUGAACAGGGAGGCACAUAGACCACAGGACUGCUGAACAUGGGUGCUGUUAAAUUUCCUUUCGCAAGCACACGAACAGACACACGCGACGACUCUGAUUUAUAAUAGAAUUUAAUGUAAGCCGUAGACCUAGCUUGUAUAUUUCUGUAAAAGUUUUGAAUUUUAGCUAUCUGUUGUACAAAGUUUUUUGGCGCUAUUGCCGGCUUGUUGUCGUUUCAUUGGUAUUUGUACGUUUUAUUUCUUUGUAACUUAUAUAGUUAUUUGACUUAC